AUCAAAAUCUCCACGUCGACACCAAGUCGUAUAUCCCCAAUCAUCAAGAAGACCAUGAGCUCCAUCGACCACAGCGCUUCGUGGGAGUCUGCGAACCCGAACAAGCGUCGCGAUGCCAUCUCGUGGCACGCAUACACCAGCGGCGUCAAGACCGGCGCAAUGACUGCCUCGGUCGUGGGUGCUGGUGUACUCACGGCUAACAAGUACUGGCCAGCGUUCCACAACCGCUUGAACACCAGCGCCAAGACGGCGUUGGUGGUCAUGUCGUUCCUAGCGUCGUUCACGGUUGAGGCCGAGAGUCGACUCGUACACGGCGCACACAACCCCGAGAUCUACAUGGCCACUAUGGACGGCACUUACGUCCAAGAGGAGAAGAAAGUGUCCAAGCUCAAACUAUGGCAACGAGGAGCCAACUUCCUGUAUGACCACCCGUACCGCGCUUUAGCCACUGUCGGUGUGCCACUCGUUGGUGGCAUCUACAGCUACCAGCACUUGAACAAGGGCAUUUCGGCAUCGCAACAGGUUAUGCACACCCGUAUCUACGGUCAGGCAGCAGUGGUCGUGCUGCUCUUGAGCUCAAUGGCCUUCCACGACUACAUGGCCAAGCGUGGCAAGUUCGGAGAGGAGGAAGAGGCUCAAGCUUAAGAUACCAACCAGUUAGGAGGAGGACACCGAAGCUGAAGGAUGCUCUUCCUGUCAUUAGCUUUCUAGUGCUCUAGCAGUACAAUACAUUUAUUUUUUACUAACGACCCCGCGUGCUAUUCUAAGAAGCUGCGAGUGUGUUGAGCCGAGUC